CAACUCUGCGCUCUUUCCACUGUGCUUUCCAUGCGAUUUCCCGCUCUGGCUAUCCGCGUAUAGGUGUUUUGUAUAUCCGCGCUGAUCCGGUCGCCCGUGAAGUUUGGCGUGGUUCGUGCGUGUUUUGUGAUGCGCGGCGUUGUCCCGCAAUAUUUCUGUCGCAAUGGGAGACGUAUUUUGCCUCGUAAUGCUGGAGAGCGGCAGCAGGCGAAAGCUGAAGCUCGAAACGGGAUCCUACGAUGAAUUACUCGCGGGCCUUGCCGGAAUCGCCGAAGUCGACUUCCGUAACACCCUGGUAGACUCCUCUGCACUAUGUUCUGCACCACUUUUGACUUGAUAUCGCAUAUUCAGAUAUUCGAUACUGACUUGGAAGACUUUGUGGACCUUUUGCCUGGUGAUGUGGUGCCGAACAAGGCAAAGGUGCGCAUUAUAACGAAAAAUGAAGCUGCUCCGAGUACUGCGGCAGCAUCUCCAGUUAAAGCCGUUCUACCCAGUCAUCCUUUGCCGCAGGCUGUACACCAAGUUGCACCAAGGCACACUGCAUCACGUCAGGUGGUGUCCCAGCUUCCCAGAAAGAUAGAGGUGUUGCCUUACAACCUCAAGUCCAGUGAUGUCAGCGUAGUGCCAGCUGUCAGCACAGUGCCAGCUGUCAGCACAGUGCCAGCUGUCAGCACAGUGCCAGCUGUCUGCACAGUGCCAGCUGUUAGUGCAGUGCUAGCUGUCGGCACAGCAGGUGGUGCUCUUGUGCAAGCCCCUUGUGCCGACUCUAAGACGAGCACCGACCACGAUACAGAUUCUUCGGAAUCAAUGAUGAUCAGUGUUGAGGAUGUUCCUGACAACCCAGCAGUCCAUUCCGAAGAAGUGGCAGUGCUCACCGCUUCUGCUGAGAGCGAGAAGGCCAAAGAACCCGAAGACACAGCCGUGAGGUUGUCACGUGUCACGGAGGAUCUGCGUGCAAUGCUGCCUAGCCGGCCAGGCGCUGACGACUUGCCGCCGCCAUCGAACAUGACGAUCAUUCCUAAGCACGAGCACGAUCGCAAAGAUUACCUCAAGUUCAAGUUGCCUCCUUCCUUCGGCGUCUGGUGCGACAUCGCCCUGGAGAGGAAAGCGCUGAUCACCCCAAAAAUGAGGAGGCACAUUAUCUUUGUCCUGUUUCAAGCCUGCUACAAGAUCACGCUGUAUCCAACCAUGAGGCUGUACAGAAGGGCAAUUGACUCGCUGGUGGUGAAGUACCCACACCUGGCUGAGGGGCCUUUCAAUUGGCAAUGCUGGAACCUGGCCCUGAGGAGCAAGUUUAAGAAUGUACGACGGAGGCUCCCAGAAACGCCAGGUCUCAUGGGUGAAUCAAGAAGGAAGUUUGGUGGGAAGCGCACACUGGACGACGUCAGGUAUCAGGUGGCCAAAGAGCGCAUGGCUUAUGGUGUUCCAGCAUUGACCUCUUCCGAGUUGUCCGGCUGCCACAACCAGUCCGGUGAGGACGAUUCCGUUGACACCGAAGUCGCACUAUACAAAGCAAAAUCAGAGGAGCGGGACAAGGAGGCCACUGUCAAUUGUGCCAACUUAAACAAUACUGUGUUGGAGGACGUCACUGUUUCUGACCUGCUUGGUAUGUGCACGAAUGAAGCCGCAGCGGAGAAGCUUGUGGAGCAAGCUGGUGGCAGGGCACUGGCAGACGAAGAGAUGAGUGAUGGUGGAUCAUCGCUCGAAGGGAGUCAAAAGGCAUUCAAAACAUACCCAGACAGAAAAGCGAAAUCCCUAGAGGACAGGGAUGACAUGAAGUUUGAAUUGCCUUCCUUUGGAGUGUUUGAAGAAUCCCUGAGGACCAGGCAGCAAAUCACCAGCAGGCUGCGGCGCCACAUCAUCACAUGCCUCUUCGAAGCUUGCUCCAAGAUAACUCUAUAUCCAACAUCACAUCUCUACAGGACUGCUGUGGACCUUCUGCUGCAUAAGUACCCACACCUUAUUGACACCACUGGAGAAACUGGGAGGGAGUUGUGGGUUGACUCGCUGAAGUCAAAAUUCAAGAACGUCCGACGCCGGCUGCCAGAUAACGUCUGGAGCAUGAGCGAGGUUCGAAGCAAGUAUUCCACUUCUGCCAGGCGUGCCACCAUCCUAGAGAAACAGGAAACAGAGGGUGUGCGACGCGUCUCUCGUCCUGUGACAAUCGAAGACCUGUUGGCAGCUGGCGACAACAUUUCGCAGCAAUCUGGCCCAAAGGCCCCCACAGACACAGGCAGCUCAAACGAUCGAAGCCAAGUGUUGGCCGUGAAGGAGAGGCAUGACAGCAUACGGGAGAUGACAGUGCAGCAGGCCAUUGCGGCCUUCCCUUCUUACAGGCAGGAGUCUGCUCUGCUUGCGGAGUUCAAGACGCUCUGGAACACCGAUAUUGCCGAAUGCUUUGAAAAAGGCAUCAAGAGGCUAUUUCUGGUGCUGAUGAACUCGGGGACGGAGGCCGAGAUACAGGAAAUUUCGCAGGCUGGAAAUGACAUUCUUCUGGUUGUGCUGGGUGUAGUUGCCCAGAGAGCAUUAGAAAGCCUGGAUGCCCUCCUGACAGAGGGCUCCACGCUGCCGACACCCUGCCUCGUCAAACGGCCGACUGGGAACAUUGACGUGUUUGUCAACGAGUAUUACCUGUUUACCGCAUCAUCACUGCUCGGAGGCAUGUGCGCACUAUUUGCGUCCUUCUGGGUGUUCCACAUCGAGUACCCUAAGGAAGCGCGGAACAUCCUGACGUUCCUGGAACACGCCUUCCUCAACUUGCGUCACACCAAGCCACGGCUAAGGUGCCGGGAGCUCGUCAACCUGUACAGGAGCACACACCCGUGACGCAAUAUCUCAAUUAAUUUUUGUCAAUAGGAAAGAAAGCCAAAGUUUAAACUUCAGUAACAUGCAACGCUGUGGAUGGACAUGCCACCGUAAUGCACGAGUUAGCUGAAAGGGAGCGACAAAUCGUGUCUUCAGUCACAUUGUGUGUCACACCGAAUUGUAAGCGCUCGGACUAUUCAUUGUAUUGUUCCAUCACAUGGACGUGUUUUGUGAAAGCAUUUCCAAACAAGUAUGAAUGUAUAAGUGCAUUGCCUGCGUCACUUUUUAUCUCCUUCACCAAAUGGGUAUGCAGUUGUUACCCUACUCACUGUGUGGCAAGGACUUGUUGUAGAGCUAAUCACAGCCCUGCAGUGAAAAAAAUUAUUACACUAGCACUCCUAGAUAGUCGAUCACAUAAACCAGACUGUUUUAUGAAAGGGGGCUUAAUGCUGUAGUUUCAGCACUCUUAUUCGUGGGGAUAUAUGAGAGAGACAAAAAGAACAUUACUGACCCAUUUAGGAAUAGUUUGAGAUUAUAUUGAGAGAAGUUGUUUAGAGUACAAGCUUAUUGUGCGACAGCUACUCUGUAAUGACCAUAGUAAAAGUUAUAUUGAAUUUGUUUGCCCGGGACAUUUGCAAUCUUGAGAGCAGGUAGCCGGUUGCGAGUUGCUGUUUAUUUUUUUGCUCCAUGGUUUCACUGUACGUGAUUAGUAAUUUUUCGUUGCUUCUCUGGUUAAGAAAUACAGGCUUAAUCUAGGCUAUAUAGGAGUGUAAAGUUGUUCAACAGCGACCGCUGUAGUGGUUUCUGCACAAAAUCAAAAAUAGAAACUUAAAUAAUAAUACGAACACUUGGCCUUCAGUUUUUGCAAUAGUAGUCAAGCUUUUCCUGCCAAAUAAGUGAAAAGUUUAGUUAAAUAACCAAAUAAUUAUUUAUUGUUGAUCUUUAUUGCCAAUUUAAAUGCUCAAAUGCAUCAGCAAAAUCAU